AUGGCCGCUGCAAGUAUGAAGCAUCAGAAAAAAUCGUCUAUUCGACGAUUAGCAGCUAAGAAUUUUCUUUCAAACAUAUCUCUAGACGGAACACAUAGGGACACAAAUUACAUGUUCCAUGUUUGGAAACGUCACAAGCAAAAGCAUGAACUGGAUGAAAGGUUAGAAAGUGUGGUAGUUACCGGACAGUUAAGUAUGGACAGUGAUCAUGGGGAACAACAAUUAACAGAAAUAGUGCAUGACAGUAAGACUAACACUUCAUUAGAUGAUCAUACAAGACCACGCUCUCAUACAAUGUAUCUCAUACAAGAACGGAAAGAGCCUAGCAACAAGUUUGAGAAAGAAAAACUUUCUGAAAAAUUGGUUGGCAAAAGAUGGAGGGCCUCAUCUUGUUCUGGUGAUCGGGACAAAGCUACAACACGGAAACGUUUAGUCCACCUCCCAGCUGAUCAUGUACCUAGCAUUACAGAGAAAAUUGAUCGUUCAUUGAGCCGAUACUCUAGUUCUGUGUCGGGAGAGUCCAGUGAUUCACAUGAUCAUGAUGUGAGAUUUAUUUCCCCAGACAGUCGUAGAAGAAUCAAAAAUGAAAGGUUGCUAAUAGUUUCCAACAGUCGGACUCCAAUUGUGAUGUCUUCAACACUUCCGUAUGGCAACAGAAAUACUGUACCUGGCAGGCACGAGUUAUAUGAUGAUUUCCAGCCUGUGUUGAGUAUACACAGAAGUCGUUACCCAUCUGGUACCAAAUCUAUCAGUUCUCAAGAGGACAUGUUUCUUCUCGGACAGAAGAUUGCCCGGGGAGAGGAUGCACCAGAUGUUUCCUAUAGCGAAUUACUGGAGCCAACUAAAAAGAAUAAUGAAAUAAGGAGAACUUCAUCUGAGUCACGUCUGAAUGUAUCGGACCAUUUAUCAGGUCGUAUAUAUACUCGAAGCAUAUCUGAGGAUCCCUAUCUGUUGUCUGCUCGCGGUUCUAUCGCUACAACCACACUUCAUCGAGUUGUGGAAGAGGAGGAGGAGUCUUAUAACCCAAGCUUGUUGGACGAUCCAGAACUCCAGUCUGGUGGCUACAGGACAGUACUCAACUUCUCCUCUUAUAUGACUUCUGUGAUAGACUAUGUGAAACCUUCAACUCUAAAGAAAGAUCUAAAUGAGAAAUUUAAGGAAAGGUUUCCAAGUAUUCAGCUCACGCUGACCAAGUUCAGAAGUCUGAAGAAAGAAAUGAGGAAUAUAGGACAUGUAAAGUGCAAUAUAGAUUUAUGGACUGUCGCUCAAGGAUAUGUUUUCUUUGAAAAGCUCAUACUCAAGUUAUUGAUCUCUAAGCAGAAUCGUAAACUGUGUGCUGGUGCUUGCCUGAUUUUGUCUGCGAAACUCAACGAUAUCAAAGGUGCUGAACUCUCAAAACUUAUAGAUCAAAUAGAAGAUGAUUUCCGACUACAUAGGAAGGAGAUGUUGGCCUACGAGUUUGCUACUUUGGUUGCUCUAGAAUUUUCCUUGCUUAUAGCCGACAGCGAGAUCUACCCACAUUAUCAGAGGCUACUCUAUCAGUCUUGAUAGUGGUAUUUAGUUAGAAACAAUUAAUUUUUAAGUUUGUAAAUACUGUAGAAUAUAUACUGUAAAAUCUUCUAAUUCUUUUAGCAUAACAUUUAGGUAUGUUGGCAAAACAAUAGUGAUUUUGGCCAAAAAUUUAGUGUUUUUUUUUUAAGAAAUUAAGUGAUUUUGGCCAAAAUGACUAUUUCAUUGGCACAUGAAUUAUUUGAACACAGAAGAAGGACUAAAAGAAUUCAGUCUUGUUGACUGGCACAACUACAGUGUCUAUUAAAGAUUGUCAGUCCCCUGAAAUCUUUUUUAUUUCACAGUAGUUUUAGAAUCUCAUUAUACCUAUCAGUUACAUUAUAGUGAAAGAAAAUUAACCUUUAGCAUGCUAGAUAGAUUGUCGUCUGCUAAAAUUGUAAAGUUCAUUCAAUUUGCCCCAAAAUUGGAAGAUAUAUUGUCAGAGUAGCAAACAGCUUGGAACCUGAUCAGACGCCGAUUUAAUCGGCAUCUGAUCUGGUUCCAAGCUGUUUGCAAAGGCUGUUAAAUUCGCCUGCAGCAGGCUAAGGGUUAAUGCAUAUGCAGGAGUUCUGGUUAGACAAGGAAAUGUUUUCUUCAAUACUUUACAAAUUGGGGAGAAAUAGAACUGGACCCAGUUGUUCAAAGUUUUAACGGUUGAUUAAGCUGUUGAAUAAUUAACUUUUAAAGUUAAUUUCAACAUUUUAGAAGACUUAGUAAAUUAAGGAUUAUGACAGUUAAAGACCUGCUCCAGUCCUACCUUUUAACCUUAAAUUGGCACUGAAAAAGCAUGAAAAUCCUGACUAUGAACAGUGACGCCUGUCAAAAUACCUCAGUUUUUAAUACCAUUCCCUUUAAACUACCUAUGGUUUUGCGUGCUAAAGUGUGACGUGUGGCCGUUAUUUGUUACCCAUUGUAAUCAUGGGUUGCAUACACACAAUAGAAUUUGAAUAGCCCCGGAGCAGGGCUUUAAAUCAAAACAUCAUACCAUUGUUUACCGUCAAGAUUAAUAUUUUCAAUCAAAAUGUAACUGGUGGUUAGUUUAACAGCCAGUUUAAGUUUUGAACAACAGGGCCUAGAUGUUGUUACAGCAAAAUACUAUCUACCAUAUAUUCCCUUAUUAACACACGUAUUAAGGCCCUCAAAAAUGUUUUUUAGUUAAUGUACUUAAAAUGAAUGGAAUUGAAGUUUUAUAGUUGUAGUGCUGGCAGUCUCUUUUGACCAAAAUUAACUUUGAUAACUUGGAAGGAUGGUGUUGACUGGGGAAUAUACGGUAUCUGAGAAUCAUAUAAGACUUCUAUUUUCUGCUGCGUAUCUUCUAACAGAAGAUUUGUAUCUAUCCUACCAUCAGUUUAUAGGUCCAAGAAAGGAAGACUAUUAAAUCUAUAAUUUUACCAUUUAAAUGCACCAGGUAGUGUUAGCUAAAAAAGGAAUAAAAAAAUAGAUGCAAAUCUUCUGCUUUCAAGAAUGGUGGUACAGUGGAAUGACUUUAACCCUUACCCUGCUAAAUUUCUAAAAUGGACUCAUUCAUGAUCAGCCUGCACUGGUCACAAAGGCAGAAUUACUUGAUGCCAGCAGGCUAAAGGUUAAACUGGAACCCCUGAAAAGAGGAAACUUCUCUAUACUAAACAAGGUCCACUGUUUACUAUUCAGUCAGUAAAUGUUUAGUGAACAGGCCUUUGAAAAAUAAGUGGUACUGCUCAAAUUGAAUUAUGGACCAGUCCAUUUUAGAAAUUUAGCAGGGUAAAGGUUAACAUCAUAAAGAGAGGGCAUUCAGUUCCUUCAGGAACUUGUAUAGGUAGCAGAUUGUUAAUGAUAUAAAAUAACAGUUUCAGCUAUCACUAUGAUAUAUAUUAGCAUUUAUUAUUUUUACAUGGCAGUUGUUACUUCCAGCUAUAAAGGUUGCUAUGGUGAUGUUGUUUAAAAAACUUUGACUUUUCUCAUAAUCAAGAAGACUUACACUAGUUCUUGCAACAACAAUUCCAACAACAAGGUUGAAAAUUCAAUAACACCUUGAUUUUGGAAUAACACGUCUUGUGUAUGAAAGCCAUGAAUGAAAUAUUUCCUAUUUGUUCCUUAGUAUGAUCAAUUCCAAUGUGACCGGGGUUAGCGCAUGUUUUUUUUUCAAAAGGGUGUUAUCGACUCUCAAACAAAACCAAGUUCAUUUUCAGUAGAAGGAUGUUCUUUUCAUCUGUCCAAAAGGUGAAUAGAGUAUAAAGUAAAAAAAAAUAUCUCUCUGGGUGCUGUAUAUUAUGUUUCAAAUAGGCAUUGAUAUUGUCAUCAAGCGCUAGUUCUUUCAACGAUAGGCAAUCAAAAGAUGUGUGAUCUAACUGGAUGGGCAUAUACAUUUCUUUCUAUCAGUUGACUAGCCCCUUAAAAUACAAGGGCUCUUAGAUUUUGAGUCUGAUAUGUGUGAAGCCGCCACUUAAAAAGUGCAUUGUUGAGUUUUCUGAUGCAUAUGUUUGCUUAAUUGAAUAAUAAUGUGCAUCGUGGUAAGAGUAUAGUCUCUCAAAAACACAACAGUACAGGUUUAAGAAGUUAGUCCUAAGGUUUUCUGAUCAAAGUUUGACAUUUUGGUAGUCUGACUCCUAAGUAGCUGUUCUUCUUUCUUCCAAUUUGCUUCCGUCAGUAAAUUAUAUGAUUAACAUUUGGAAGUUAUGGACUUAGUUGAAUUACUCAUUACUGCUUUCUUGUUCCUUUUUCCUUGUUUCCUUUCUUCUGCACCUAUGGCAAUCCCAUUUGACAUGCCUGGUGUAGGAUGUGUAUCUGGAACUGUUUCUUUCUUCAGAUGCUUUGACUGUAAAACAUUAGGGUUGGGCAUGGAAGUAUGCUCUGGAAUUGCUUUAGAGAAAGCUUCUAUCAAAUCAGACUUUAACUGUUUACCUUGAGUUAUCACAAUUUCACAAGCUGACUUUUCAGCAUAAGUGACAGAAAUUCACUGUUACUAAAGAGCAAAUCUCGCAUCAGUAAAUGGGACAUUUCUUUCCCAUCUGUUUUGUCCUUUAUAACUGUUUUUUUCUUAAGAAAUUGAUUUUAUCACCGUCUCCUUUUUCUUCUUUUUGUACUUGCUUCCUAUGCUCCGUUGUCUUUCCAACUUUGUAUGGCUGUAAGAGAUCCUUUCAGAACUGAGAAAACAUAAUAUGCAGGAAUCUUUUGCAUAUUUCUUGGAAUCAUUUGUAUUUCACUACCCUACCUGUUCACCGACUACCUCUUCAGACAAAAGGUCAUUUCUCCAUUUAGUUGAACAACAGUUACCAAAUAAAGUAUCCAGUUCCUGAUCACUCUGAAGCUCAAUGAUGCAAUAUUCAUACAUAUUUUCCCCAACUUUGUUAAGAUUUUCCUUUACAAGAAGCUUUAAAGUCUUCUCACACAAAUUGCAGAAGAAUGAGUAUAAGUUAUCAGUGAGCUCUCUUCAUACAUUUUGUUUUCUUAUUACAUCCUGCAAGGAUUGAAUAUCAUCUGUGUUUGAUUUCAAGUACUCCUCUUUCUCACGCACACUUUGCAGAAGUUCGACAGCAGCCAGGCACUUCUCAUACUCUUCUUCUUUGUUCAAAUCAGACAUUGUAGUAUGCAUCUUUCUUACAUAAUGCCAUUUCAGUUUAUUAAUGCAGUAUCCUCCUACAUACCUCAACUUGGAUCUAAAUGCAUCUGUUAAAGACCUCUUUUGCUGUUCUACAUUUAAUAAGUACUUAGAUGUUUUCUGCUUUUACACAUGCUCUUUCAUACAAUUGCUGAUAUUGAAAGUUUUAUGUGUGCUUUCUGGGCUGAAACCUGUUGUCUCAAACAAGAUCAUUAUUCUCAGUUUGAAGUCAUCACCUAUUUGGUGUUUGUAAGUCUUCUCUGUAAAUUUUGCGAGUUCCUCUAGUUUCACAGGUAAAGCCUGUUCAGUAUCGAUUUCUGCAAUAGUUUCACCAAAAAAUUGAACUCAUGUGCAUAGAACUCUCUUAAUUUCAAUGGACUUAAAGUCUUACACAAUUCAUUCACAUUAACCAUCAUUGGGUGUUAUGUGGUGAUCAUGCUUGAGACUCUGUAUCAUUAGGUCUAAGUUAAAAUCUUCUGGAAUAAUGGUCAAUGUUUCUUGUUCAUCCAGAUCCCUCUGUUUAAUCAGCAAAUCAAACUCUGUGUGGAAGUCCUCCUCAUAUAGUUCAUUUGUUUCAAAGUCUAAUGCAUCAUCUAUUAUCAAAUCCUGCAGAACUUCUUCUAGUCUGAAAAAAUAACUAGUAAAAGUUAAUAUGAGAUAUAAAUAACAAAACCGCUUAGACAGACAUGCCAACCUGCAUGAACAGGUAUCAUUACCUGAUAUCAUUUUUAAAUCAAUUAAGCUUUAUAUUAAGCCUUAAUUCAUAUAGUUUGAAUUUGAUGUUUGAAAGUUCAGUUCAUAGACUCGUCUGCUGAAUAGAGAAAUCGGCAUGUUUUUAGCUCACCUGUCACAUAGUGACAAGGUGAGCUUUUGUGAUCGCGCAGCGUCCGUCGUGCGUCCGUGCGUAAACUUUUGCUUGUGACCACUCUAAGAGGUCACAUUUUUGUGGGAUCUUUAUGAAAGUUGGUCAGAGUGUUCAUCUUGAUGAUAUCUAGGUCAAGUUCGAAACUGGGUCAUGUGCGGUCAAAAACUAGGUCAGUAGGUCUAAAAAUAGGAAAACCUUGUGACCUCUCUAGAAGCCAUACUUUUCAAUGGGUCUUCAUGAAAGUUGUUCAGAAUGUUCAACUUGAUGGUAUCUAGAUCAGGUUUGAAACUGGGUCAUGUGCCUUCAAAAACUAGGUCAGUAGAUCAAAUAAUAAAAAAACCUUGUGACCUCUCUAGAGGCCAUAUUUUUCAUGGGAUCUGUAUGAAAGUUGGUCAGAAUGUUCGUCUUGAUGAUAUCUAGGUCAAGUUUAAAACUGGGUCAACUGCGGUCAAAAACUAGCUCAGUAGGUCUAGAAAUAGAAAAACCUUCUGACCUCUCUAGAGGCCAUACUUUUCAAUGGAUCUUCAUGAAAAUAAGUCAGAAUGUUCACCUUGAUGAUAUCUAGGUCAAGUUCGAAACUUGGUCACGUGUUUUCAAUAACUAGGUCAGUAGGUCAAAUAAUAUAAAAACAUUGUGACCUCUCUAGAGGCCAUAUUUUUCAUUGGAUCUGUAUGAAAGUUGGUUUGAAUGUUCAUCUUGAUGAUAUCUAGGUCAAGUUGGAAACUGGGUCAACUGCAUUAAUACUAGGUCAGUAGGUCUAAAAAUAGAAAAUCCUUGUGACCUCUCUAGAGGUCAUACUUUUGAAUGGAUCUUCAUGAAAAUUGGUCAGAAUGUUCACCUUGAUGAUAUCUAGGUCAAGUUUGAAACUGGGUCACAUGCUGUCAAUAACUAGGUCAGUAGGUCAGAUAAUAAAAAAACCUUGUGACCUCUCUAGAGGCCAUCUUUUUCAAUGGAUCUUCAUGAAAAUUGGUUAGAAUUUUUUAUCUUGAUGAUAUCUUGGUCAGGUUCAACACUGGGUUACAUGAGCUCAAAAACUAGGUCAAAAUGUCAAAUAAUAGAAAAAACGAUGUCAUACUCGGUUUAAAACUGGGUCAUGUGGGAACAGGUGAGCGAUUCAGGACCAUCAUGGUCCUCUUGUUGAUAUUUGUCUUUGUUUUUUAUCUUGUCUUAUUUACAUAAAAAACGACUAUCAUACUAAAUAACAGACCAUUCCAUUAUUAAAAGUACAAAAACAUCGCUGACCUCAAAGCCGAACAAUACUUUGGCUAAAGAUGAAAAUAUUUUUAGAUAAUAUUACAGAUAAUUAUGUAAUAUUUUUGCUGAUCAAUUGUCGGCACAUCACGGGAGACUUACGCUGCAAUUAACUCUUGGGGUGUCAUAAAAUAUUUCGUCCACUUAUUUUGAGAAAGAUGCUACUAAUUAAAACACAGCUUACCAUUUUCUUGACUUUGAACAUCUAACCAGCCAGCUUCUGAAAUUAAGGCAUGAUUAACCACCUUAGAAUUAAGGCAUGAAAUAUGAACCUGACCUUAGCAAUAAGGUCACAGCUGUGGCAGUUCAACAGCCACCACUAGCUUAAACAAGCAACAACUGGGCCUAGCCCACCCGCUUAGCUCAGUAGGUAAGAGCGUUGGUCUACGGAUCUCGGGGUUGCGAGUUCGAUCCUAGGGCGGGGCAUACGUUCUCCGUGACUAUUUGAUAAACGACAUUGUGUCUGAAAUCAUUAGUCCUCCACCUCUGAUUCAUGUGGGGAAGUUGGCAGUUACUUGCGGAGAACAGGUUUGUACUGGUACAGAAUCCAGGAAUACUGGUUAGGUUAACUGCCCGCCAUUACAUGACUGAAAUACUGUUGAAAAACGGCGUUAAACCCAAAACAAACAAACAAACAACUGGCCCUGGCCUUAAAUAAAUCACUAACUAUAGUACUUGGUAAUUCAAGUAAAGUUGGCACAAUGUAAUUAAUAAAAAAAAAAUUCAGAAUGCAACUCAUUGCCCCAGCCUUAAAUAAGGCAUCUGUAAAUACAACCUGACCCUUCCCUUCAGGUUCAGACCAAAAACAGACAAACCAUAUUAUAGAAAACCGUUGAAAAAGACUUGUACUUCACAGAAGCCACAGUUUGUAUUAAAUGUAUACUGUAACCAUACCAGAAGAAACAUAUCAAGUGCUUACAUCAUAUAUAAUAUUUAAAAAUGCAACAUAUGUAGACCUUAAAAUAUUAGCACCAUGACUAUACACAUUAUUGCGUUGUUAGAAUGUAAUACAAAAUCUUCCACUCGACAAACUGUAAAAGAUCCAAUUUUGUCAAAUGUAACCAAAUAUCUGAGCUCCCUGCAAAAGAAGAAGUAUAUAAUGCACUCCGUCGGUGAUGAGUAGCACACAAAUUGAAUAAAUUCCAAUGUGGGAAACAAAAUCCUGCACUUAAAACACAAAUUCAGACAGUGAAAUACAUUUUGGCAGAAAUUUACUGAUGCGCGAACUAAUCGCAGCUCUUGGAUACUUCUAAAGUAACGUAACAUUCCCACAUCAUUGAAGUGUAUAGUAGGGUGACUUUCUGGCUUUAAAAAAUAUGAACCUGGACCCCCCUGUACAACAAUAUAAGUUAUAUACCAAAAUGUUCGUAGAAGUCUGAAGUUUAUGAAACUACCGGCAUAAAUCGGCAUAAAUGGUGGCGUUCCGAGAAAUCCAAGAUGGCGUCCAAGAUGGCCGCCAAAAAGCAAACAUAUCAUUUUUUUCAGCUUUGUGGACCAAGGUGUUGCACUUAAUGAUUUUAAGUAUGUUUUAUGUCUUUAUAUGCACGGAUACACAUUGGAAUUACAUUAUUUAGUUGUUUUUUAUAUAUAUUUUUGUAAAUUUUGCAAAAAAGUAGAAAAUUGUUCCCUCUGAAUUGGUUAAAUUUAGGGUAUUGGGUGUUAUUUUUAACAGUAGGUAAAAGGAUAUGACAAAAUGUAUAUGUAUUUAUGCUCAGAUAUGAAAUGUAACAUUCAGAUAAUAAAAAUAUAUACACAGAGUUAGAAAAAAAAUAGAUUUUUUAAUUCAUAAGCUUUUAUAAGUGGGUGGGGUAAUUUGACAUGAAUUUUAGAAAUAAAUGUAAAUGGUUAAUAUGACUAGAAACUGACAUUCCCUAUCAACUCCAAGCACUGUUUGUAUAUAUAAUGUUAAAAACAUGUUAUAUUUGAGCAAGAAGAAUGUGUAAACUGAUAUGUAGCAUCCAAGGUGGCUUUCAAAAUGGCCACAUCUUUCACUGAAAAUAGCCAGACUUAAGAGCACUGAGCAUAUUAUGUAUGAUCUUUUCUGACUUAAGUCACCUUUUCUUAACCUACACAUGUUUUUUAUUGUAAUAAACACAUUCAGGGUUUAAUAAGAGCUUACAUCAGUUUUACUUCAAAUACUUACCUACCAGUAGCCUAUUUAUGGAACAAACUAGGCUGUGCCUUGUUUGAUCAAGAGUAACUCAUUUGGUUGUCGUCCUAUAAAAAACACGAAGAAUAGCUUAUCAUUGGGAAUGGAAGAAACUGCUAAGUAGGACUGAUCUUAUAUGUCCAUAUCUGUUUCAUUUACUAUCAUUUUAACACUUAUUUUGUUGCUGCAUCAAAUUUUGUUGGUUACCAAUGGUAUUUUAGGGUAGGACCAAAUUGUUGAGGUACAAAUAGCCAUAUCACUGGUUAAUGUUUGGAAGCGGGAACAUUCAAAUGAAUAAAUGUAAACAAUGUAGAAAUACAUAAAAUUACAUACUAAUAAAGCAUAAAACGGUUAAAUCUAGAAGAAAAUAUUUUACAAUUAUUGUUCCUGAUAGAUUUUACAAUGAUACACAAUGUCAAUGUAAUAAAAUACUGAAACCCAGAAUGCACACAGUGCAUGACCUUGUCAAAUUUCUAAAUAAACAAGAAUCAAUUAAAUCAUGGGGUUAAAACGAGUAGACAAGUCCAAAAAACUUCCAUGAACUAUUUGUACAACUGAAUAAUUUGUUCAGGACAAUGAUUUUGUUAAUUCAAAGGCUGUCAGUAUAAAUGGAGAGGAAAUGUAUUUAAGACUGUUGGCCAUCAGUGCCCACAAGAAAAUACCACUUGAACGAGUCAUUUCAUUUGAAAAAGCUCCUGUACCACUUAGUUUGUUUUCUGAUGACGGAGACAUGAUGUCAACGAAGAAGUCUGAUUUUGGUGAGAAGCUAGAGAAACUAGCUGGUUCUGAAUUCAUUGUCUCAAGUGUUUCUGAGCCUGACUGUAUUGUUUUUGAUGCUAUGGCUAAUGUUCAAAAGCUACAAUCUUCUAAAGAUCAAAAACAGACAUACAUUCAGAUGGCCUCUGGGUUUUGGAGCUAUAUCCUUAAAAGCAAUUUGCAUUGUAAACAGAUUCAUGUUGUCUUUGACCGAUAUUUAACAGAUAGCUUGAAGUCCAAGACACGCAGGAAACGUGGUAACACUAGUACCACUGCGCCAGUUGCUAUGCUGAUGAACAUGUUGAUUCCUGACUGGAAGAAAGUCUUGACUAGGAGCAAAAGCAAGAAUGAGUUAAUAAAGCUGUAUAUAAGAUAUUUGACAGAAAAUUGUCAUAAUCUGCUUGAGACAGAUAAAGUUAUUUUUGUUUCAGGUGGUAAGGAUGAAAAAAUCCUACGAGUCUGUUGUAGUGCUGUUUCUUUUAUUUAUCAAAUGGAAUCAAGUCAGGAAGAAGCUGAUGGUAGGAUGAUAUUACAUUUGGCAUAUACAUCCAGUCUUGGCACCAGGAAGGCCGUUGUUAAGAGGUGUUGCACAUUUCAUUAUCUCUCAUGAACAGACUCGAUCAAACCGAGUCUACUAUUAUUAUUGUUGGUUGCAUUCUUUGCUUCCAAAGGAUCUUUUUACAGAUUUUAUUAGUCCAGAAACAAACGUUUUGGUUCUGUUAACUCUUCACACUAGUAGUCUUGGUACUGACACAAUCUUUCUCAAAACUGGUCGAAGAUCUACACAUACUGACCUUACCAGAUAUAUACCAAUCCAUGUUGUGGUUGCGAAGUUGUCGCCAGCCCAACAGGAUAUCUUGUUACCUGUAUACUGUGUUAUAGGAUGUGACACUUGUUCUAUGUAUGGUGUGGGUAAAAAGAAGGCAUUUUAGGUACUACUGAAAUAUGCAGAACAACUUCAUGAUCUCUCCAAUCUUGGUAGUGCACCAUGUUUGUCUUUCAAGUCUAAGUCUGCUGCCACUGCUUUUGUGGGGUACCUUUAUGGGUCUUCAAAUUGUCUUUUUUUUAAUUACUUUCGUUCAAGUAUCGUUCUCGAAAAGAAGCGGGUAAAACCAAGAAAGCUACCACCAACUGACGACAGCUUUAUGUUGCAUUUACUCCGCUGUACGUAUCAGAUACUAAUUUGGAAAAAUGCAGCAAAUAAAGAUUUUAGUUUGCUAAUCCAAGCAGAUUUUGGUUUCAUGGUUGAUCCAGAUACUGGUCUAUAGAGUCCACACAUCAUGUCUCAACCUGCAGCCGCACCCGGACUCCAAAGUGACCUAGUGUGUCUCUGUAAAGAUUUUUGCUCUGGUAACUGCAUUUGCACAAGAAAUGAGCAGCCAUGUACACAUGCCUGUGAAUGUAAAGGCUGCAUUGACAACACAGAUACAUGCCAAUUUAUGUUUACAAUAUUAGCUUUUGGUGCAACUAAUGACUAUUAGACUUAUAACUGUCCCUUGCAGUCUACUGUUUACAGUUAAAGCAAACUUUAAGUUUGCCAUUUAUUAAACUUUGUGUUAUUCUGUUACACUACAUUACAUGUAGUCAGUAAUACAUUUCUACAGAACUGAAGUAUAUCCAAACUUCGAUGAAUUCAUUUUGUUUUAAGCAAAUAUAGAUUUGUCGCGAUUGUUUUGGAUUAAAGAAAGGUUACAUAAAUUUUAUAACCUUAGAAAUACCACAAGGGGCGUGUAUCAAUAAAUCGAUACACCAGUACGGUACUGUAAAGUUACAAGAGGGCCAUGAUGGGCCCUAUAUCGUUCACCAGAGUUGAUCUGGCCUUCUGACCUAGUUUUUUUACCCAAAAAGACAUUCUGACUAAGUUUCAUAUAGACUGAGUCAAAACUGUUGCCUUUAGAGUGUUCACAAACUUUUCCUUUGAUUUGACCAUGUGACCUAGUUUUUGACCCCAAAUGACCCAACUUAAAACUAGACCUAGAAAUAAUCAAGACAAACAUUCUGACCAAGUUUCAUAAAGAUUGUAUUACAACUGUGGUCUAUAGAGUGUUCACAAACUUUUCCUUUAAUCUGGCCUACUGACCUAGUUUCUGAUCCCACAUGACCCAGAUUCAAACUUGACCUAGAAAUUAUCAAGACAAACAUUCUGAUCAAGUUUCACAAGCUGCGUCGGACUCAAUAUGACCCAAAUUCGAACGUGACCUAGAAAUCAUCAAGACCAAGUUUCAUAAAGAUUGGGUCACACUUUUAGCCUCUAGAGUGUUCAAAAGCUUUUCCUUUGAUCUGGCCUAGUGACCUAGUUUUUAAACCCACAUAACCCAGUUUCAAACUUGACCUAAAAUUAUCAAGACAAACAUUCUGACCAAGUUUCAUAAAGAUUGAAUCAAAAUUGUGGCCUCUAAAGUGUUCACAAGCUUUUCCUUUGAUUUGACCAGGUGACCUAGUUUUGACCCCACAUAACCCUGAUUCAAAUCUGACCUAGAAAUCAUCAAGACAAAUAUUCUGACUAAGUUUCAUAAAGAUUGAAUCACAACUGUGGCCUCCAGAGUGUUCCAAAGGUUUUCCUUUGAUCUUGCCUACUGACCUAGUUUUUGACUCCACAUGACCCAGAUUCGAACUUGACCUAGAAAUUAUCAAGACAAAUAUUCUAAUCAAGUUUCAUAAAUAUUGGGUCACAGCUGUGGCCUCUAGUGUUCACAAGCUUUUCCUUUGAUCUGGCCUACUGACCUAGUUUAGACCCCACAUGACCCAGUUUCGAACUUGACUUAGAAAUCAUCAAAACUAACAUUCUGACUAAGUUUCAUAAAGACUGGGUCACAAAUGUGGCCUCUAGAGUGUUCACAAGGCAAAUGUUGACAGAUGACGCAAGACGGAUGCCGACGGACGCCGGACAAUGACCGCUCACAAUAGAGUACUUUGAGCACUUUGUGUUCUGGUGAGCUAAAAACGCAUGUCAGAGUACCCCAUUCGUUUAUAAAAGCUUUUAAAAGUAUAUUUAAUAUCUGUUUUCUAUCCAAAAUGAAUAAAUAUGAAUAAAUUCUGUUUAUUACAAUAUGUUCUGUUACUUUUAUGUCAUUAAGUCCAAUUGCCACUCAUAUGAAUGAAAUUUAGCCUUAUAUUGGACCAUUUUCAGUGUAAGUGGCAGCCAUUUUGGAAGCCAUCUUUGAUUUUCGCUUUCAGAUAGUACAUUCUUUUAGCUUAAAUGUAGCAUGAUUGUAAUAUACUAGCACACAGAGCAAUCAAAGCUAAAGGUAAAGUUUAAUAAAUAGUUUAAAAAUAUAAAAUGUAACGGUGUACGCAUUUAUAUCUAAAACGCGUGCAAAAUUACCCCACCCACUUAUGAAAGCUUAUGGAUUCAAGUAUUUAACCUCUUUUCUUAUGUCAUGUAACUACUUUUAUUACCUGAAUAUUACAGUUGAUUUCCAUGCACAAAUCUAUUCAAAUUUCGUAAACAGACCUUUGCUCUGCUGUUAAAAACGCCACCUCAUACCCUAAAUUUAACCAUUUUAUGGGAACAUUUUGUCUAUUUUUUGGCAAUAUUAAUGGAAAAUUCACGAAAUUUACCAAUAAAUGGUCAUAUCAAUGUGUAUUCUUGCAUAUUUAAGACAUACAAAUUAAUUAAAAUCAUUAUUUGCAAUAUAGGGGUCCACAAAAUUGCAAAAAAAUGAUAUUUUUAAUUUUUGGCAGCCA